CCCGCCCAACCUCAUGUGGGAUCUGGUGAGUUAAGUCACGAAGGAACCCCCCUUUAUCGAGCUCUGCUCUGUUAAGCCAUUAUCAUAACUCCCCAAGCAACUCGUUGGCCCUACGAUCAGCCUCAGCCCCGAAUCUCUUUUCCAAGAUGCUCUCUCAAUUUGUCAUCUUGCUCGGCCUGGCCAGUGCCACUCUCGGCCAGGUGACCCUCCAGCCAUCGACCGUCAGGACGGGCCGGCCUGGGCUCCCGACAGUGACGGUGACGGCGACGGCGACGGCCACGGUGACCAAGACGGAAAGCUACAUCCACGAGCAGACUAAGACCAUCACCACGACCGAGACUGAGACCGAGACGGAGACGGAGACGGAGACCAUCACGAGCGUGUCGGUGACGACGCAGCCCUGCAGCACCGUCAGCUGCCCGACGCUGACCAAGACGGCGACGGCGUGCCGGUCCUGCCUGGUGCCCCAGUGCACGACGACGUCGGUGGUGACGCGCCCGAACGAGUGCGCCGCCACCGCCCUGCCCACCGCAACCGUCUCGUUCCCCUGUUCCGACCCGGACGUGUGCGGCAAGAUUGGGUGCACCACCGUGUACGACAUCCGGUCGGCGGCCUAAUUAGCUUGAUUAACUCGGAAAUAUAUAGAUUUUUUUAGGCGGAAAAAGGAGGUGAUAAAUGGAUCUGCAUAUCUGUAGUCUCAACAUGAGAGUGUGAGAGAGAGAAGGGGGGGAGGGUUAGUUUGUCUACUAUAAUCAUUAUAAACACUUAGAUACCCUAGAUACCUGUCUCAAACGCAAGCCGACCCGGACGCGCGGG